CUCCGCUCUCACAAUCUCUCCAGGACCAAGAAAUAAACCACACACUCUCUCUCUCAUUCACAGGACCUCCAUAUCAGAGCACUGGGAAUAAAGCUUCAUUCACGUUUGGACUCAAAGUCUCUUAAUAGUUCUUCUCUCUGUGAGGGGUUAAAGGUGUUUCAGUAUGAUGUUCAUAUAUGUUCUCCUGCGCGCUGGUUUUGGAUUAUUCAGCGUCGGUCUCAUCGCCUUUGUCCAGCAGCAAGCCGCCGCUUCUGCCAGCAGAAACCCGCAAGAUGUGGACGAGUGCGCUGAAGCCUUGGACAGCUGCAGUAUCGAUGCCAUCUGCCAGAACACCCUUAAGUCAUACAAAUGCAUCUGCAAAUCAGGAUACAAAGGCGAUGGGAAACAUUGCGAAGAUAUCGAUGAGUGUGCCAGUGAGUAUAAUGGAGGAUGCGUUCACGAGUGUAUCAACAUCCCUGGAAACUACAGGUGCACGUGCUACGAUGGCUUCCGAUUGGCCCACGAUGGACACAACUGCCUGGAUGUUGACGAGUGUGCGGAAGGAAACGGUGGUUGCCAGCAGAUCUGCGUGAAUAUGAUGGGGAGUUACGAAUGUCGGUGCAGAGAUGGAUUUCUCCUGUCUGACAACCAGCACACCUGCAUCCAGAGGCCAAAAGUACGUUUUAAUGGAACUAAAGAUGUGCCCACAUGCAUGGAUAAAAACCAUGGCUGUGCCCACAUUUGCAGAGAGACGCCCAAAGGAAGCAUUGCCUGCGAGUGCAGACCUGGAUUCCAGCUCACCAAAAACAACAGAGACUGUAAAUUGACCUGUAACUAUGGUAACGGAGGCUGUCAGCACAUCUGUGAGGAGAUGGACCAAGGGCCCAGAUGUUCAUGUCACAUGAAGUUUGCUCUUCACACUGAUGGGAAGACCUGUGUAGAGACGUGUGCAGUAAACAACGGAGGCUGCGACAGCACCUGUCAUGAUGCCAUCACUGGAGUUCGCUGUAGCUGUCCAGUUGGAUUCACCUUACAACCAGACCGCAAAACUUGCAAAGACAUUGAUGAAUGCCGUAUGAACAACGGAGGGUGCGACCAUGUGUGUAGAAACACAGUGGGCAGCUUUGAGUGCAGCUGCAAGAAAGGAUACAAACUUCUGACCAAUGAGAGGACAUGCCAAGAUAUCGAUGAGUGCUCUUUUGACCGGGCGUGUGACCACACAUGUGUGAAUUCACCUGGAAGUUUCCAGUGCUACUGUCACAAAGGUUACAUCCUUUACGGUGUGGCUCACUGUGGAGAUAUUGAUGAGUGCAGCAUUAAUCGGGGUGGCUGUAAAUUUGGAUGCGUGAACACGCUGGGCAGUUACGAGUGUACCUGUCCCCCAGGCUACAAACUGCACUGGAAUAAGAAGGACUGUAUUGAGCUUGUCAAGUGUGCAUCUAAUCUUGUGGCCCCCAAAGCCACCCUCACCUGUAUUAAGAUGGGGAAAAAAGAAAGCUGCUCUCUCACCUGUGCGUCUAAAGCACAUUACCUGGCAGAAUCGGACAACAGCUAUUCUGUUAGUUGUGGAAUACCCAUCCUACGAGGUAAAUCCCAGACCAGAUUAAACACAAGCAGCAUCCAGAGCUGCAUAGAGACUCAGGCCCCUCCAGUGAAGCAGACGGCAUCCUUCCGGAUCAAGAAUGCCAAAUGUAACCUGCAUCCAAAGCAUAAGGGGAGGGCUGAGGACAACGGCAGACAGAUCGGGCCAGGCGGCCAACCAUGCAACAACUGCCUGGUCACGUUCGUUAACCUGAAGUGUGACUCAUCUAAGAAGACCAAAGGUCGUCGUGCACGUAACCCGUCAAGCAAAGAGGUCACACGCAUCACUCUGGAGCUGGAAGCCGAGGUCAAGCCAGCGGACACCACCGGGAACUGUAAUAUAAUGUGUCAGAGGCAGCGCAUGGAGCAGCAGAUGAAGUCGUACAUCAAAGCCCUGAAAAAAUCAAUUAACCAGGAGCGUUUCCUUAUACGUGUGGCUGGACUGGAGUAUGAGGUCGCGCAGAAGCUCCCCCAGGCUUCACUGAGGCAGGAGAACUGCGGACCGGGCCGAGAGAAAGACAGCGGCCGCUGUGUCAGAUGUUUGCCUGGGUCAUACUACCAUGGUGAACAGGAGCGCUGUGUCCAGUGCCCACCUGGAACAUUCCAGGAACGUGAAGGUCAGCUGGCCUGUGAUCUUUGCCCUGGAGGAGACCGCCAUGGCCCACCAGGGGCCCGUAACAUCACGUCAUGUGCAGGUCAGUGUCCACCCGGGUAUUUCUCCAGUGAUGGGUUUAAGCCCUGUCAGCCAUGCCCCAUCGGCUCGUACCAGCCUGACCCAGGACGAACUCUCUGUUUCCCAUGCGGAGGGGGGCUCGGUACCAAAAGAGAGGGUGCCAGCUCCUUUAAUGACUGUGAGGUCAAAGUUUUGUGUUCUCCAGGUCAUUAUUAUAACACCUCAGUUCAUCGUUGUAUCCGUUGCCCUCAUGGAACCUACCAGGCUGAGUUCAGACAGAACUACUGCAUUUCCUGUCCUGGAAACACAACAACAGACUUUGAUGGGGCCAUCAGUGUCUCUCAAUGCAAAAAUAGAGAAUGUGGGGGUGAAAUCGGGGAGUUCAUUGGAUACAUCGAGUCACCCAACUAUCCAGGAAACUAUCCAGCCAAUGUUGAAUGUGUCUGGACCAUCAACCCUCCACACAAACGCAAGAUUCUGAUUGUUGUUCCGGAGAUCUUCCUCCCAUCUGAGGAUGAGUGUGGAGACGUGCUAGUAAUGAGAAAGAACUGGUCAGUGACCUCUAUCACCACCUAUGAGACAUGUCAGACAUACGAGAGACCGAUCGCUUUCACUGCUCGAUCGCGACGCCUCUGGAUCAACUUCAAAUCCAAUGAUGUAAACAGCGCUCGAGGGUUCCAGAUUCCAUACGUCACUUACGAUGAGGACUAUGAGCAGCUUGUUGAAGACAUUGUAAGAGAUGGAAGACUUUAUGCCUCUGAAAACCAUCAAGAAAUACUCAAGGAUAAAAAACUAAUUAAAACUCUUUUCGAUGUGCUUGCUCACCCAAACAAUUACUACAAGUACUCCACUCGGGACUCCACGGAGAUGCUCCCACGUUCCUUCAUACGUCUCAUCCACAGCAAAGUCUCUGCAUUCCUGCGUCCAUAUAAAUAGUCCAAAAGCACCGUCCAACUCCACAUACCUUCAGUCACCUGGCCUUGAGUUAACGGGAUCCUAAUCACAUUUAAAGGAAAUAUGAACACACUUUCAACUACACUUAAUGACAUCACACAAUGCAGAUUUCAAAUGUUUCACUUUACCUUUUUCUUCUUUAUUCUUUAUUCUGGUUAUCUCUGAGGGGGGGAAAAGCUGUGUUGUCUAAUGUAACACAGUCGUUUCAAAUCAAACUGCAGCUUGACUGAAGUGUUUCCUGCUUUGAGACCUCUCUAUACGUGUCGGUCACCACUCUGUGCCAUCGAUGUUUUUGUUCGGUGUGAAUGUUUGCACGCUUAGUCUGUAGAAGUGUCUUGUAGAGUAAAAACAAAUUUGGGGUGAUCCUACACUCCGUUACGGACAAUGUGUGUUUAAAAACAUGUCUUUUUUUCACAAAGAUGAUCUGAGUUAAAGAGCGUGUGGUACAGUCAAAAGAAAGGUGUAGCAUGUAAAAUAAAUGAUAUAUUUGUUGAACUGGAGCUAGCUGUGACUAUGCUUUAAAAAUAGUAUUUUUCCCAGGUUCCAGCUCUAAAAAACUAUUUCUCAAACUAAAAGUACAAUCUUUUGUAUAUUUGUACUCUUAGUGUGCUCUCAGUAAGACCUAAUUCAUAUCAAGCGUUUCACAAUGUUAAGGCAUUAUAUUUGAGCUCCUAGAGCAAACACAUAAUCUCUAAUGGUCGUACUGUUAAAACAGUAAUGUUUUGUCUGUUCAAAUUGUAUUAUAGUCAAUUGCAUAUUCGUCUAUUUCCUGAUAGUAAAAGUUAAUUUAAAAAGGCGUAGAAGAUGUGCAUUAUGAAAAUAGGCUUGGGUGAUGGAAAGGUCGGUUGGUAUUUUAAAAAUAGUGGACUGCAACACUCAGUUCUUAGAGAGAUCAAAACAGAAAUGUAAUUUUUUGCAGGACAUGCAAUUGCUGCUUCUUCAGAAACGUCACUUUAAGCCUUUGGUUUUGCUUAAAGCGAUUCAAGAAUUUCCUCCCAUUUGAAAAGGACCAAUUAAGGAGCCAAAGUCUUUCACAGGUUGGAAGUAAUGUUUUCAUAAUGCAGAUAUGAAUUACUGAUAAAUUCAAACUACAGGUUAACAUGGAUGGAAUUGUGUGAAGAAAAAAAACAACAUCGCUACACAUUUCAGUUCCGACCAGGACGAAACAAUAGUGUUUUGAGUUUGUUUUGCACAUUACUUUGACCAUCCAGAGUACCAGAAAGAAGCAGUGUUCGGUUUACAGGUGUUGGGUUUCACUGGACUGCAGUGAUAUUUGCUUGUCAGUGCCUGAAGUACAAAAUUGUCAGGAUAAGCCAGUGGAUGUCAAACAUUUAUGAGUGUUUCCUGUAUUAAUUAUGAACCCAUUAGUAUUCCUUAUAAACAUGUUUAUAAGUCACAAACCAGAACCCUUUACAUAUUGUGUUGUGCCGUGUCCUAACCAGGUGAAACGAGAUAUAGUGACAAGCGCAAAAAUGUCUUCCAUGUUAACCAGCCCGUCCAUGAAAAAGAAAGGCUGUAGGGCAUUUUUUAGUCGUUUCGUUUCUAUUUUUGCUGCAUUGCACUGGGCCUUGCAUCCCAUUGGAAAAAAAUCCUGCUCCAUUUAGCUGUAUAUUACACAUCAGAUGUUUUCUGAUUGGCUUUGAUCGGCCUGUCACACAGCAGUUACACAAUCAGUGUUAAUGGACAAAUUAAUUGUCGCUGAAGGCUUGUCCCUUUUGCACCUUGUCAGGACAUGGUCUUACAGUGUGUAGCAAAGUCUAUGGCUUUGAGAAGGUCAAGCCAUACUCUGUUUUAAUAUGUAAACAUACUGUAUGUAAACAGAAAAGGACAGGUCAUGAUGAUUUUUCAUUGUUGUCUUUUUUAUAUGUUGUAAAUAUGAAAUAAAUGUAGACUAAUUGGAGUCUGAGAGAUAAGACCUCCAGACAGAAGACCUUGUAUUUAGAAAAUUUCCUCUGAACUAUUCACCCUUCCAAAGGUUGAUACGAUUCCGCUGUCAAAAAGAGGGUGGGUUCAAACUUUGAACAUUAAGGCCAGAAAUGUACUGUAUGCAGAUGCACAAACACAAAGGCUUGGACAACCCAUUGCAAACACACAAACCUUUUUGCCAUACUGUUGCAGUAACAAACCUCAGCGCACAAGGGGGCCCUAGUUACAUUGAAAUGUCUGCACAAUUAAACCAGAAGUGUUAUACAGAGAGACAUGCUGACUUUAACAAAUUUGCUCAGCAAGAUUUUCUUGAAACCAUUGCUCCACCAUGACAAUAGCUGACCUGAAAAGAAAAUAUUUUUAUGCUAGUGCCAAGCAUCUUUUGAGUUGUGAAUUUGCUUUGCAUCAAAAGGCAACAUAUGUUUCGGGAAUAAUUCAGUGCUAAUAAAAAAAAUUACAGAAUGUUGAUUGAAAAGCUGUCUCCAACUUUUGACCCAGACUCUCUUCCAAAGACAAAAGUCCACCACCCCAAUGACAGUUAUCCUACAAACACCCUGUUUUUUUAAGUGCAGUGACUAACAAAAAAAAAAAAAAAAAAAAGUAAAAGAAAAACAUCAACCCACAAGACCUAAACUCCUCAACUAAAAAGAUUGUGAUGUCUAUAUUUGAAAGGAAUGUUUAUAUGAACAUUUGUCAUUAUAUGUACAUUUGUCAUCUAUUACAAGGCUCACUAAUAUAAAUGUUUAACUAAAUAUUAUAAUAUUGAAUAACUAAAAGAAAAAAACAACAACUUGGCUUAACCCAAGAACAAGUUGUAUAGGACUGUCAAUAUAGUCCCACUUGUAGAAAGUAAUCACUCUGCACCAUGUCAUGUACUCUGUUGCAGCAAUGUUGGAUAGAAAUCUCUGUAAAAAGAUGGGUCAUAUGUGAAAUAGCCACGAGUGCCAGCAUAAAAUGUUUAUGGCAAAGUAGUCAACAUUGUCCUUUUAAUGUUCAAUAUAGGAAAUGCAGAGUAUAAGCUACUCUGACUAGUCAUUAACAUUCUAUGACUGCUGCUUUAUUUUCAUAAUUUCCCCUUGUCUUUGUGCUACCAAAACCAUUUGCAGUCAACUUCAAAAUAUUUAAUAUCAAUUCACAUUCCGAUAUCUAUCUUUAUCUGUUUUUUUAUUUGUAUUAUUAUUUUAUUGCUUUGUCUGUUUUUGUUUUUGUUUUUGUUUUUUGGUUUGUUUGUUUUUUGUCUUCACCCAUUUUUCUUUUUUUAUGUCUUUGUUUUGGAGAAAAGGAAAUGACUUUGCCACAAUGUUUCAUGGAAUGGGAAAUGGUAUUUGCACUUGAAAUUUGUUGAUGCCCAUGUAAAAAUGUCUGGAUUUUGUAAUGUCUUUUAAAUGAAAGAAA